CGCGAGUUCGUCCGGCAGUAGUCGCACGGAACACACGGAGCGAAGCAGGGCACCGCGCUCGGAAGACCAGACGAGACGGCAUGGGCACCAGCCAGGAGGAACGGCAAAUCCGCGACAGCACUUUCCGCAUCAUCGCCCCGGACCCGCCAAGAGCAUGCGUCGGCGCGCGACACAUGGUUACGUUCAUGCUCUUCUUGGGCAUGGCGAACGCAUACGUGAUGCGGACCAACAUGUCGGUGGCAAUCGUCGCCAUGGUGAAUCACACUGCCCUGCCUAAGGAGAAUACGACUGAGGACGACGAGUGCCUUCCGUCAGGAACAUCGGCCAAGCUGGGCACACUGUGGGACGCACAGAUAGCACCCGCCGCUGAUGAUGACUACCAACUGGAACCAUCAUCAAGAUCUGCUUCUGAGGGCUCUUUUGUUUGGGACACAACACUACAAGGAUACAUCCUCAGCAGUUUCUUCUAUGGUUAUGUUAUCACACAGAUUCCAUUUGGAAUACUGUCCAAGAAAUAUGGUGCCAAGUUGUUCUUGGGUGUUGGAAUGUUGAUCAACUCUGUUUUUGGACUAUUGGUGCCAGUGGCAGCAAGACAUGGUUUUGAAUGGCUCAUUGCAGUGAGAUUUAUUCAAGGUUUGGGAGAGGGUCCCAUUGUACCAUGCACACAUGCCCUGCUUGCGAAAUGGAUUCCGCCUAACGAGAGGAGUCGUAUGGGUGCUUUUGUAUAUGCAGGUGCACAGUUUGGUACAGUAGUAUCUAUGCCUCUCAGUGGUUUGCUCUCUGAAUAUGGAUUCGAUGGUGGUUGGCCAUCGAUUUUCUACGUUUUUGGUGCUGUGGGUACAAUAUGGUCUGUUGCUUUUCUAAUCAUGGUUUAUGAAGACCCUGAUGUCCACCCUCGCAUAGCUGAAGAUGAGAGGAAAUACAUCACACACACUGUAUGGGGCUCUGCAGGUGUCUCUUCUCCUCCAGUUCCCUGGAAAAGCAUAAUAAAGUCUCUACCAUUCUGGGCAAUUCUUAUUGCACACAUGGGGCAAAAUUAUGGAUAUGAAACACUGAUGACAGAACUUCCAACAUUCAUGAAACAAGUGCUGCACUUUGACAUAAAAGAGAAUGGAACUCUUUCUGCACUCCCAUACCUUGCAAUGUGGAUAUUUUCAAUUGUCGCUAGUCAUGCAGCAGACUGGAUGAUUUCCAGCCGGCGAUUUACUCAUGGAGUAACAAGAAAGAUAGUAAAUAGCAUUGGUCAGUACGGACCUGCAGUCGCUUUAAUAGCAGCAUCAUACACAGGCUGUGAUCCAACACUUACAGUAGCACUGUUAACUAUUGGUGUUGGUCUUAAUGGAGGUAUUUAUUCUGGAUUCAAGGUGAAUCACCUUGACAUUUCACCACGUUUUGCUGGUAUUCUUAUGAGUUUCACCAACUGUUUGGCAAACUUGGCUGGCCUUUUAGCUCCAAUAGCAGCAGGCUACAUAAUCCAUGGAAGGCCAACACAAGCAGCCUGGAGAGUUGUCUUCAUGAUUGCAUCUGGUGUGUAUAUAGUAUGUGCAACAGUGUACCUGAUAUUUGGAUCUGGUGUGAGGCAACACUGGGAUGACCCCAGCAAUGACAGCCCUCCUAAAAACAAGAAUACUGAUGUGGAAAAAGACUGUGUACCAAUGGAGAGCACACACCAUUGAUUGUUGCAGCUUUGUAAUGUGUUGGUGUGUGUGUCUUUUUUUGUAUGUUCAAAGAGAGAGAGAGAGAGAGAGAGAGAGAGAGAGAGAGAGAGAGAGAGAAUAUGACUGAGCAGCUACAUCAGCUUCUUCACUCCCAAAUUUGUAUAUUUUGAAAUAUUAAAUUAUGAGUGUUUUUUUAUGUCUGUCACUAGUUGCAAAAGAAUGUAUAAAAGAUGGCAAAAAGAGUUCUAUGUCUUUUAAUAUUUAUUUAAACCCUGAGAUUAAAUUAUCUUACACAGAA